AUGGCAAACGAAACGGGUUUCAACAAUUCCAACGCGACAGGCGGCAACGACACCGCACCAGCCGGCUUAAGUCCCGGGACCUAUGGGUUAGUCAUCAGUGUGACAAUGAUAUGCGCCGGCACCAUCGUCUACAAUAUUCUCAUCAUCAUCGCAUUUAUUCGCGAUUCCGCCGUGCGAAAUCCUUUUUCGUACUACAUCCUGAAUGUCUCCAUCACUGACCUGGCUUUGGCUCUGUUCAGCAUGACCGGCUUCGUCUGGUUCACCUUAUCACCCACAUCCAACGCUAGUUAUUGCCCGUACUACAACUUCUUUGAUAACUUCUUCUCCACCAGUACCGCACAUUCGGUGAUGCUCAUCAGUUUGGACCGGCUGUUUUCACUAUACUUUCCCAUUCGUUACCGGAAUUUGCGAUCCGUGAAGUUCACAGUGAUCAUGUGCGCUGGAACGUGGAUUUAUUUGCUCUGCUUAUUGAUGCCGUACAAUCUGAUAGAUGCCCUACGCUAUGUACUGGUCUUCUGGAAGUUACAUGGACGAGCGAAGUUCAAACAGCAAGGUUUCUCCAAUAAAGUACACGGAAAAAAGAGUACCGUCAUGCACAGCCACGCCCACACCAACGUCACGCAUGUACAUACUACCGUCGUUACCGGAACAGAACCCAGUGCAACAGCCAAAAAGAAAUCCAAAGACCGUGAUGAGAAGAAAUUUUUUCGUCUCUUCGCACUGCUGGCGCUGUGCAUUUUGGUCUGCAUUUUUCCAGGAAAUAUUUAUUUCCUGUUGGUGGAUUUCGUGCCGUAUUGGAACGAUGACGUCAGCGCUGUUGUGGCUUGCUUGCAAUAUUUAAGUUGCAUAUUCAACCCGGUCAUUUAUCAUUCCAGCCUCCCCACUUUACAGAAAGCGGUUAAAAACGUUAUAUUUUGCCGCUAA